AAGAAUAAUCUUAAAGAAAAUGGCGCAAUUCGAUAUCUUUCUACGUCAAAAAUUAUGAAUCAAACUUUUAAAAUUAUCUAUGAAAGUACAGUAAUAAAAAGUAUAAAAGUUAAUGUUUUGUAAUGAGUUUCAAAUUAAAUAUUCAAUUAUGAAAUGAAUUUGAUACAAAUUUCUAGUAUGUCGGUUCCUUUUUGUGGUUAUACGUCCUAAUAUUAGAUUUUUAGUAUACAAAAAUGCCUUUUCUUCUACUCUGCAGUUUAUCAAAUGUGUUAAUACUAAUCAUAUAAUUAUAUUUCUAAGGACUUAAGAUAAUUUAUUUUGACGUUAAUCGAUGCUUCCUAAAGAAAGCGUAAUGAAAAGGUUCUAUACUAAACACAACAAUGGAACAUUCUAGAAUAUUUUCAAAUAAUAUAUCUUCUACUAUAGAUGAAAUUAGGCCCCUUAUAGAAAAUCAACCAGGCAUUUCAUUAAGCACAUUAUUGAACAUUCAAAGAGUUCAAACUCCUACAGAGCCUGUACCUCUUUCAUCUGAUAAUUAUAUCAUUGAUGUUGAAGAUCAAUCAAUGAAUGAUGUUUCAGUUCAUGAUAAUCAUCAUCAUCAUCAAACAACUGCAACAGACAAUUUUUUAAAUAAUAUCCGUGAGGCUGCUAAUGAAGUUGUGGGUGAAAGCCAAAAUAAUAAUAGUAAUAAUGUUAUUAAUCAUAAUAACAAUAAUAAUAACAAUGAUAUAGAAGACGCUACAGCAGAGGCAGUACGAAUUAGUCCACGAACACGUGCAUUCUUUAAAGGACUUAAAAGAUAUAUUCCUUUUGUUCUUAUUCUUUUUGCCAAAGGCCUGUAUGAUCACAGAGCCAAUAUAUUAAACUUUAUAGUAUUAGUUGUUGUAUUUAAUUAUACUAAUAACGUUGUAAAACGUGAAAUUGCAAAACAAAACAAUAAAAGUUGGCUAUCACUCUUAGUUAUUACGUGUUAUAUUAUUGGAUGUAUAGUUUUUAUUCAUUUUGAAUAUGAUACAUAUCUAUUUUCUUCAUAUACACAAUCUCUUAGCAUUUGGGAAUUACUGUGGUCAGUUUUAAUAAAAGAUCUUGUUUUGAAAUUGAUUACUAUUAUUUUUAAAGUUUUUUUAACAUGUUUGCCUUCAAAACUUUUGGCUCUUCGAAAAAGGGGAAAAUAUUUUGUUAUGGUGGAGGCAUCAUCUCAACUUUCCCGAUGUGUUGCACCUAUUCAACCAUGGUUAUAUUAUUUUUUUGAAAGUUAUCAAGGUUCAGAAAAGAUCUUUGGAGUAUUACUUUCUUUAUUGUAUAUAGUAAGCAAAGGAACUGAUUUAUUUUCGUGUAUAAAAUUAUUUCAAACUGCUAUUUGGAAGCUAUUUCAAAAUGUGAAUUUAGGAGUAUCGCCAUCGAAAGAGCAAUUAAUAGCAUCCGGUGGAAUUUGUGCAAUUUGUCACGAUCAAUAUUCAAUGCCCGUGAGAUUGCAAUGUAAGCAUAUUUUUUGUGAAACAUGUGUUUUAACUUGGUUGAAUCAAGAAUAUUCGUGCCCAUUAUGUCGAGCAAUAAUCGCAGAUGAUCUUUUGUAUCGAGAUGGUCAUACAAGCCUUCUUGUUCAGCUGUAUUGACUUUCAUAUAUAGUAUAUGAAAUUGUAUUUUUUCACUACUAAUUGUACUCAAUAAGAAUUUGUAUUAAGCAUUUAAUAUAUAUAAAACGAAACUUU